AUGGCCGAAUCAGCAUUGGCCGAAGAUGCGUACUAUCACACACUGAAUUCUCGCCCCUACUUGUCCCCGGUCGACUCGCGUGACGACAGGUUGGCAAUGGUGGUAUCUCAUUUGCCUGAGCUACCAGCCGAGCUUCGCUGGAAGAUCUUCGAACACGCCUUUUGGUCAAAUCGAGUUUUCGUCACGAGCAGAUCCGGCUGUUACUGUUCCUCCGAAGUCAGAGGUCCAUACCGAGCAGAUCAUCUGUGGCUGCUGAGCACCGAUAUGCCUAUCCAGGUGCGAUGCGAGGCGCAAAGGGCCUUUGUGCAACUUGCCAUCUGGGAGGUUCAUUGUCAGAAAGCCCUUGGCGUGUUCGUGAGUAGGAUGGCUGCCCUGAGGCUCCUUGAAGAAAUCCGCCAUGUGCGAUUGAAUGUCUUCGAAACCGAGCCGCAGUGGAUGCCGGAUCUGACGCAUUUCCCGAAUCUGUUGAACGUGACCUUCUCCCCGUGGCAAAAGUGCUGGACGAUUAACAUUCCCGCGCAAGCAGAUUCCGAGAUGCUCUCAGACAAGAAUGUCAUGGACCAUCUGUGGGCGAUGUUGACCACCAAGUCAGCUUACGCGCCUGUUAUCGACACAUUCAAAAAGCCACGAACAUACACUAUGCACUUUGUCUUUCCAAUUCGAUAUCAUCUACCUCGUAAGGCAGGUUCUGCAUCACCUUUUUGGCAGUUAGAUAUAUGGCGAGCCAAUUUGGACAAAGGAGUCAUCGAUCGACAUUGGCGAGAGGUUCAUCUAGUCCAAGAAGCAACAUUAGAAUAG